UUUAGCUUGCAAGUCUUUUAUUUCACAUCUUGGUUCUGAUAGAAUCUUAUUGUAAACUUAAAUUAUGAUUGCCAAUGUCACAAUGAUGAAAAGCUUUUCCAUCCUUGGAUUCCCCGGACUUUCAUCGCAAUAUUAUGGACCUGUGUCAGCUCUGCUUUUUUUCUUCUACCUUGCUAUUUCAGUGGGAAAUGUUUUCAUUUUGGCAUUUGUUCUAUAUGAGAAGUCCUUGCAAAAACCGACUUAUCUGGUCUUUUGUCACCUGGCACUGAAUGACUUAACUUUUGGCACCGUGACUCUCCCAAAGAUCAUAUCAAAGUAUUGGUUUGAUGAUAGCAUUAUUUCAUUUUAUGGGUGCUUCACACAGAUGUUCUUUGUUCAUUAUUUAGGAUCGGUGACGUCCUUCAUCUUGUUGGUCAUGGCUCUCGAUCGAUUUAUUGCAAUAUGUAUUCCACUGCGUUAUCCUGUGCUAAUUACAAACAACAUCAUAUCAGUGCUCUGUGGCUUUGCUUGGUUCAUACCUCUACCUCUGAUGGUAGCUGUCGUACUCCAUGUCCUCACUUUACCUUUCUGUAAAUCAAAUGUCAUCGCUCAGUGCUAUUGUGACCACAUUUCUAUAACAAGUCAGGCAUGUGGUCAGGAUGUUAAAAUAGUUGCAGUCACUUCUCUGUGUGUGGCCAUGUUUUGUCUUUUGGUCCCUCUUGCAUUCAUCUUGUUUUCCUACAUUUCCAUUAUUGUGGUUAUUAUGAAAAUGUCCAAUGCUGCGGGCCGCAAGAAAACCUUAUCAACUUGCACCCCACAAAUAUUUAUCACAUGUCUUUUUUACCUACCCAGGUGUUUUGUUUAUGUGGCUAAUACUGUUGGAUUUUCUUUCAGUUUAGAUGUUCGCAUUUUAUUGAUAUUGUUGUACAGUCUUUUUCCUCCUGCUGUUAAUCCCUUCAUAUAUUGUUUCAAGACUCAGGAUAUCAAGCAGAGUUUGAUAAAGAAGCUUAAAACAACUAGGAUUGGAAUAGAGGUUAAACUUUCAUUAUAAUAAUGAAAUAUGAUGAUUUUGUUGCCUUAAUUUUCAAGAAAUGUGACU